UGCUUACAGAGCGGCUCACUGAGCGGUGGCUCUGUUCUUCAUGUUGUCCCUUGUCGGUAUUGCUUGAUUGCUCGCAUAAAAGGACUUGAUCUAUUUGUAUAAAUUUACGUUAUUUUUUGUGUUGACUACUUCGUGGUUGUACUACUGUAUACUACUAACCAUACUGAUUUUUAACCCUUCGACCACUGUCGACUGUAUAGCAUAUUCCUAAGCAAUGCUUUUAAAAUUCCAUUCUUAAUCAUUAGAUUUUCUGUAAGAAAACGAAAAUGUCACCAACAAGAGGAAACUUACGGGACUCUAGUGGCGACUCAGGUUCAGAGUCAGACCCUCAAUCAGGAUCCUCUAGAUCAAGUCGCAGCGGCACACCAUCUAACACUGCGAAUUCUACCCAUGAUAGAAAUCCUGAUGUUGAAAAUGAAGCACAAUCAGUAGGGUCAAAUGUCAGUGGAAGGUCUUCUAGAUCUAGUAGUCAAUCUGUAGAAGAAAAAGCAGAUUCCAGACAUACUUCCAAAAGUCCAUCUCCAGCUAGGUCAGAUUCCAGACAUUCAAGUGUUGGAUCUGCACGAAGUGUUAGAUCUGUACAAAGCAUUGGAUCUGUGCGAAGUGAGAAAUCUGUAGGAAGUGAGAAAUCUGCACAAAGUGAGAAAUCUGGUUCACGGAGAUCCAGAAGUGGUACUCCAAAAUCAGUUGCAUCAAAUAAUAGUGAAUCACAAAGGUCAAGAUCAUGCUCUCCACAAGAAAGGACAUCAGAAAGUCCAAAAUCUACAAGAAUGUUAAACUCCCCUGGUAAUGCAAGAACUGAGCCUGCAGACUCAGGACAAAAAGUAGAUAGUUCUGAAGAAAAUAAGGAAGAUAAUGAAUCUGAAAAAUCAUUAAAAACUAGAGGUAGUACAAAAUCCAAUGAUAGUGACAGAGAAGGAAGCCCAGUUCAAAAAGAAGAUAACAGUGGCUCUGCUUCUGAGCUGGAUGAUGGAAUGAAAAGAGUGAAGCGAUUGAUAGACUCUGAUUCGGAAAGCGAAACAGCAGAAAAGGAAACUGUUGCUCCAACGGCGGAUGCUCUUUUCGGAGAUGCUAGUGACAUUAGUACAGAUGAUGAAAAAGACAAGGAAGAUGAAAAGAAAGAGAAAAGUCGUAGUAGAAGUAGGAGUAAAAGCAGAAGCAGAAGUAAAAGUAGAAGUAGAAGUAGGAGCAGAAGCAAAAGCAGAAGCAGGAGCAGAAGUAGAAGUAGAAGUAGAAGUGCAGGCAGAUAUGAUAGUGGUGGUGAAGGACCUAGUCAGGCAUUCAUUGAAGGUGAUGCAGAGAAGGAGAAAGAAGAAGAGCCUGAACCACCACCAGAAACCAGAAUCGAUGUAGAAAUUCCAAAAAUUUCGACUGAUUUAGGUCGUGAAAUACACUUUGUGAAACUGCCAAACUUCCUUUCAGUAGAAACACGGCCAUUUGAUACGGAAACAUAUGAAGAUGAGAUUGAUGAAGAGGAAACUUUAGACGAAGAAGGUCGAGCUAGGUUAAAAUUAAAGGUAGAAAACACUCUUCGUUGGAAAGAAAUUUUUGACGAUGAGGGUAAAGUUGUCAAGGAAAGCAAUGCCAGGUUUGUAAAGUGGUCUGAUGGAAGCAUGUCUUUGCACCUGGGCUCCGAGAUCUUUGAUGUAUACAAGCAGCCACUUCAAGGUGAUCACAAUCAUCUCUACAUCCGUCAAGGAACAGGUCUUCAGGGUCAGGCAGUGUUCAGAACUAAGUUGACAUUCCGUCCGCAUUCUACAGAGUCCUUCACUCAUAGAAAGAUGACAAUGUCGCUUGCGGAUAGAUCACAAAAAACUUCCGGUAUAAAAGUACUAUCGCAAGUGGGAACUAAUCCAGAUCAAAAUAGAUACGAAAUGAUUAAAAAAGAAGAGGAGAAAUUACGUAUGGCAAUGAGAGUUCAAAGUAAGACAAAGAAGAGUACUACAGGAAGCAGAAAUCCUGCGAGAUCUGUUGGAGGAUAUGGUGGCGACGCUUACCAUGACGAUGGUUCAGACGACGAAGGUGCCAUUUCCCUUGCAGCAAUUAAAAAUAAGUAUAAAAAGGGAAUGAAUGCUCCUGUUAAAGCAUCAAAUAUAUAUUCAUCGGAUGAGGAAGGUUCAGAUUUUGAAACUCUCAGACCGAAAAAGAACAUUAAAGGAAAGGUUCUUAAAGAUUCGGAUGAAGAAUCAAAUUCAGGAAGUGCUUCAGAAAGCGGAAGAGAAGAUGACAAUCAAGGCGAUAAUGCUAGCGAUUGAAAUAUCAGCUUUGCAUUAAGACAAGCUAUUUUUGUAAUAUAAACAAAUAAAUUAAUUUCUUUUUUGAAGUA